GGUGUAUUGAAAAAAGCAAUUAUGACUCAAGCAAAAGCUGGGCUUGAGAGCAAAGUGAACAGAAACCCCCAUCCGGACUUCGCAAGAGUCGAAAGGCAAAGACCUUCCUUCGAUAAGUCCAAGAAAUGGCAGUAUACUCAAAUUCCUGAUGUUGAAUGGAAACCUGGAUCCGGUGCAAACUCUGAUGAGUGGAAGAAUUACAAGAAGAUAUCGAUUGACCCCUAUCAAGAAGGACGAUCACCCGUUGAUAAUUAUAAAACCCUUAUUUCGGCCGUUGUGCCAAGGCCCAUUGGUUUUGUGUCCACUAUCGGAGAAAACGGAAAGAAGAAUCUAGCUCCCUUCUCCUACUUCACUGUGGUGAACCAUGACCCUCCAAUUUUCACACUUGGUUUUUCUGGGGGCAAAGGGAGCCACAAGGAUACCUGCAAAAAUAUAUUGGAGACCGAAGAAUUGACCAUCAAUAUUAUCAGCGAGUGGUUUGUGGAAGCAGCAAACUUCACUUCGAUCAAUAGUCCCCUUGGAACAGACGAAUGGAAAUUGAGUGGAUUGACCCCAUUGGAGUCUCAGAAGGUUAAGCCGCCCCAUGUUGCUGAAAGCGCCUUUAGUAUUGAGGCUAAAUUGGUUCACUCACACGAAUGGGAGUCAAAAGCUGAUCCUGGGAAAGCCACAGGUACAUUGUGCAUUGUGGAAGGUGUAAAUUUCCACGCAAGAGAAGAUGUAAUCAAUGAGGACAUGAACAUCUUGGACAUAGCCAAAUUGAAACCCGUGGCCCGUUUAGGUGGCAUCACUUAUAGCCGUACCCUAGAUGGGUACGAGAGAUUGCGGCCUGAUUUCCAAAAGGAAGUGGAAGAGGUGGAUGAAGUCAAUAACCUAUUGUAGCUUGUCUGAGUUCAUGAGAAUUUUAUAGAAUAUCCAUAGAAAGUGAAUAAAAGAGCUUUAUCAUAUGGGAACGUAUAAUCUGCGAAUCAGUCAUGAU